AGAAAACGAGCACAAUUGUCACAUUCUUUUUUCUCUGCUCCUUGGUUUCAUUUUUUAACGCUAGGCAGGACACUGACGAAGAUCAAGGAGCGUGUGCGUAAUCUCCAGCUGCAGAAAGCCCAGCAGCACCUCCUGACCCAGGCAGCCAGUGGUCGUCAGCCUUUCCAACAGGUGAAGGAGGGCAGGAUUCACCAGCGGUUGGACCACUUCAACCGACAAGAUGUGAACACCUUCCCUCAGAGGUUCUUUGUGAACGAGGCAUACUGGCAGAGUCCUGAUGGUCCAGUGUUCCUCUUCAUUGGAGGAGAAGGGCCCAUCUUUAAGUUUGAUGUCCUGGCAGGUCACCAUGUUGACAUGGCUGAGGAGCACGGGGCUCUGCUAUUGGCUCUGGAGCAUCGUUUCUAUGGCGACAGCAUCAACCCUGAUGGUCUGAACACGGAGAACCUGGCAGACCUGAGCAGCCAGCAGGCGCUUGUUGACUUGGCUGUAUUCCACCAGUACAUCAGCCAACGCUUCAACCUGAGCCACAGGAACACCUGGAUCAGCUUUGGAGGCUCGUACUCUGGAGCUCUGUCUGCCUGGUUCAGAGGAAAGUUUCCCCAUCUGGUGUAUGGAGCUGUGGCCUCCUCUGCUCCUGUCAAGGCGAAGUUGGACUUCUCUGAAUACAGCAAUACUGUUGGCUCGAGUCUCCUGAACGAAGCAGUUGGUGGCUCAGAAAAGUGUCUGGCGAGCGUGCGGGAAGCGUUUGCCGCUGUGGAAGCAGCAGUGAUGGGUGGUAAUGCCAGCCAGGUGGCCAGAGACUUUGGCUGCUGUCAGAUGCCCAAGGAUCUUGACGAUCAGAUUGAGCUGAUGCAAAACUUAGCCGACAUCUUCAUGGGAACGGUGCAGUACAACGAAGAAGGAGUGCUCAUGUCUAUUGAUGAGAUCUGUGGUGUUAUGACCAAUAAGAGUGACGCAUAUGAGGAGAAGAUGGAAGCUUAUGACCGCCUUGUAAAACUUGCGCAGAUCUACCAUUCCACCAGUGAGGAACCAUGUCUGGACAUCUCUCAUGAGAAAACUGUGAAGAAUCUGAUGGAUACGUCCCUCCACUCAUCCAGAAGAGCAGAGAGACAGUGGACCUACCAGACCUGCACCGAGUUUGGCUUCUACCAGACCUGCGAGGAAGCCACUUGUCCGUUCUCUGGGAUGGUGACCCUGCAGGUCCACACUGAAAUCUGUCCUAUGGUGUUUGGCAUUUCCCAGCAUUCCCUGACUGGACGCAUUGCUUUCACAAACACUUAUUAUGGAGGAGACAAAGCCCCCACACACAGGGUCCUCUAUGUCAAUGGUGGACUUGACCCCUGGAAGGAGCUGUCAGUAGUCCAGGACAGGGCUGAGGAAGGAGAAGAAACCCAGACCAUUUUCAUUGAGGACACUGCUCACUGUGCUGAUAUGAUGAGUAAAAGAGUCACAGACCGCCGCUCACUCAAGAAAGCCAGAGAGGAGAUUGAGAAACAUGUGGCCAGUUGGCUGAAGAUGGCUGCCCAAGAGAAGAUGUGUACGGAGGGGGCUGUGAUCACCCCUGUAGGAAACCAGCGCCCUGCAGAGUUAAAAGACCCCAGCCGAGAUGGACGGUGCGGGGCCCUCACAGGCCGCCCCACGAUCAAACUCCGUGCCGCCCACGGAGUCGCCUGCCCCGGCCCGCUGUACCCCGCCAAGCCGCUGCUGAUUGAAGUGCAGCCGCCUGUUGGCCCCUCACAGCAGGUCCGGAGGGAGAGAGUUAUCACGAUUCUUGUGCCGAGUUAUCCCGAGAUGACUGGGAGAUUUGAAGCACGGAUGGGCAGAGAGGAGGGCAGGAUGGAGGGGGUGAUUGAGGGCACCGAGCAUCCCGACGGCUGCGAGCCGGAGCGAGAGGCGCACCAGGCGGAGGCGAGGCGCUGCAGGAAGCCGCUGCUCCCUUUCACCGGGUUUCUGGACUACACCGGACACGGCCCGAACAGGACUGGAUACGGCGAAUAUUUACGUCUCGGUUGUUUUCGCUAG